GAUGCUGAACCGUGCUGUGCUCUCCUUGGCUAGAAGCCAACAUGUCAUCCGUCGCUCGCUUCACAAGGGAGUUGACUCGACCCCACCACUCCGUUUCACCUCUGUCAGCGAGAAGGUUGCCCUUUACGGACUCAUCUGCGUCGCUUUCAUGGCAUACCCAACUUCCGUCCUCUUCAGACUUGAUAGUCUUCGCCCAAGACCGGAUAAUGCUCUCUCCCCAGAAGUCCAAGAAGAGAUUGACGCCCGUGUUGCCGCCCGCAGACAGUAGAAGUAAUAUUAUGCCACGAGCCAUUGUGUAGACUUUUGAGAACAACAAUAAAUCGAUUCUUGUUU